AUGGCCAACAGUACAUGUACCAGCCUGAGGCCUAUUAUGACUGUUUAUCCAUGUGGGAUGAAAGAGGCCGCAAGCGGAUUUUCAUAUCAGCCCACAGAUGAGACAUGUGUGAAUCCUAUCAAAGUAUUUCCUGUCAAAGCACCAUAUGAGGAACGCCUGAAACUUGUACCUUCUCCAGGACUGUGCAGUCGUAGGAAAUUCAAUAUCCAAAUCAGCAGCAGCGGAUCUUCAAUGGCUUUUGAGGGGAAAAUGGUAGUGAUCUCCACUUCGGGAGAGGCUAGGGUUACCGUUCCUGUGGCCUGGGCUCAAUAG